AUGUCGGUCCCGCCCCAGGAAGAGACAAGCGGAUUCACGCUCAUUGUCACUGUCACCAUUCAACCUGACAAGUACGAUGAGUGGCUCAGGCACUCAUGGACAAUUUUCAAACAUGUCACCGCCGAGCCGGACUGCCUGAGCUUCGAGAUGUUCACCGUCCCGGGGGAGGCAAACAAAGUCAAAUGGGUAGAAUCGUGGAGCAAGAGCCUGGAGUCGGUCAAGGCUGAACAAAACAACAAGGAGUACAUGAAAUCUUACAAGGAGAUUACCAAGCCCAUGCUCAUCGGAGAGCCACAAUGGGAGCUCAUGAAACGAUUUGGGGGUGAGUGGGCGAGGGCACAAGAAGGUGUUUUUCAGAAGCCUUGA